AGGGCCGGACAGACAGAUUCCUACCCUUCUCGUCUCGUCUCGUGCGUCGUGUCCAAACCCCAAACCCUCGCGCCCACUCCGGCGACGGCCAUGGAUCUCCGCCGUCCGCCGCGCUCGACCUCGGGCGGCGUCGAGCCCAAGAUCCGCCAGGUGGGAUUCGUCACCCCCGACGUUUCGGGCCCAUCCGAGCUGCCCGCUGUCGCCGCGUUGCAGCCGGGCCCGGCCGCCGGAUCGCCGCCGGCGUCCGACCUCUCCCCGGGCUCCCUCUCCCCCGUCAUGAUCCCGCCCCCGCGCCACGCCGACCACCUCUCCCCAGGCUCCCCCUCCCCCCCGGCGUCCGAGGCCAUCCUCGCCUCCUCGGCGCCUCAGCCUUCCUCCAUGCGCUUCGAUGCCGCGUCCGAGCUCGGCGAGGAUGACUUGAGGUCCAUGGCCCCUUCCGCUGGGGAGCUAGAAACAAACAAGGGAGAUUUGGCUGAUACACAGAACGAAGGGGCUCCCGUCUCGCAAAAGCAAAAACCUUCAAAAGCAGAGAGGCGUGCUAUUCAGGAGGCUCAGCGUGCUGCUAAAGCUGCUGCGAAGGAGGCAGGUUUAUCGGGAAAGUCUACAGGUGCUCCUUCUGGGGCAAAUCCUGCAGUGUCCAAGCAAGCCAAGUCAGCUAAAGCUUCUCAGAAGAAAGAUGUCCCCCCUGCUGCGAGUACAGUUGCUUCUGAGAAGAAGGUUACUGAACGUCUACCAGAGAGAGAUAGAAAGAAAGAUGCUCCUCAUCCCCGAAUGCAGUUUGAUGAUGUGCAUCGGGUGGAGAAAGCGAAAAAACGUGCAAUUGUCAACCAAUCGGAGGCUCGAAACAGAGUUGAACUAUUUAGGCAUCUGCCACAGUAUGUGCAUGGCACUCAACUUCCUGACCUUGAGUCAAAAUUCUUUCAACUUGAACCAAUACAUCCUUCUGUGUACAAGGUUGGGCUCCAAUACUUAUCUGGUGAGGUAUCUGGUGGCAAUGGUCGUUGCAUAGCAAUGCUUCUUUCAUUCAGAGAGGCAAUAAAAGAUUACUCUACGCCGCCAAACAAAACUCUCAGCAGAGAUCUUACUGCAAAAAUCAGUAGUUAUGUUUCAUUCUUUAUCGAGUGCAGGCCACUCUCAAUUAGUAUGGGAAAUGCUAUUAGGUUCUUGAAGAAUAGGAUUGCCAAGCUACCACUUACAUUGUCAGAGUCAGAAGCCAAAGCCAGUCUUCAGUCUGAUAUUGAUCGUUUUAUAAAUGAAAAGAUAGUUGUUGCUGAUCAGGUUAUUGUCAGUCAUGCCAUCACAAAAGUCAGAGACGGUGAUGUCUUGCUGACAUAUGGGUCGUCAUCAGUUGUUGAAAUGAUUUUGGAUCAUGCUCAUGAACUUGGCAGGAAGUUCCGUGUUAUAGUGGUGGAUUCUCGUCCCAAGCUUGAGGGACAAGGUUUACUCCGUAGAUUAGUGGCGAAGGGCAUCAACUGCACAUACACUCAUAUAAACGCAGUCUCAUACAUCAUGCACGAAGUUACAAGAGUCUUUUUGGGUGCAUCCUCAAUAUUAUCUAAUGGGACAGUUUAUUCCCGAGUGGGGACAGCAUCUGUGGCUAUGGUUGCACACGCAUUGGGAAUUCCUGUUCUGGUUUGCUGUGAGGCAUACAAAUUUCAUGAGAGGGUGCAACUUGAUUCUAUAUGUGCUAAUGAGCUUGGUGAUCCAGAUGUCAUUUCAAAAGUUCCCGGGAGGGCAGAUUUGGACCAUCUUAAGAACUGGACUGACAAGGAAAAUCUCCAACUGCUAAAUCUUACGUACGAUGCAACCCCUUCUGAUUAUGUGUCGAUGAUCAUAACAGAUUAUGGGAUGCUUCCUCCUACAAGCGUGCCUGUCAUAGUGAGAGAGUAUCGCAAGGAGCAGUUGUGGGUAUAGAUCUACUGUGGUAUGAUCUCAUUUUUGGCAACCGUUGCUGACUAAGUUCAGCAUUCGUGGACAUGUACUUGUGUUUUGAGCUGUGGGCCAUCAAACCUCUUUUCGGACUAACCAUUUUGUUUACACAAAAAUGGUUAAUCUAAUUUUGAUAUCUGUGAUUCCAUGAGAGGUGCACUAACACUUCGAAGGGCAUUCAAUGGAUGAUGUUUGGUCUAUCCAAA